AUGGCUGCAAAUCAAGAAUUGAAAGAAUUUUUAGUUCUUAUCUUUGAUAAACCAAAUGCCAAUAGAGUUGGCAGUAUUGAACAACAUAUUGCCGCGCUCCCCGCAGUUGCUGGGAAUCCCAUGACUUGUGGUGGGGCUGUUCUAAACAAAAAGGGUGACUUUGUUGGUUCUACCCUUACCUUGAGAGCUCAUGAUGAAGAGGAAGUUAUUUCGUUUUUGAAAAAGGAUAUCUUUGCCAAGGAGGUCUGGGACAUGAGUAGCUGUGUGAUCCAUGAAGUGAUGAUUGCCUACAGAGAAGGUAGAGAUAUUUAG